UGUUGCGUGCUGCGUCCGUGGUCACAGAGGUCUGUUCAGAGGUGUCUGUGCUGCGAGAUGUUGGCAGCUGCAGGUCUUAGUGGAAGGUUAUUGGUAAGGGGUGUGCGAACAUUACCUCCGUAUGCGGUUUCUCCUCCGUCCCUCUGUGGGGUCGCUUAUUACAGAGGAAAACAAACACCGGCUAACAGCGGCACUUUGAUCCCGAGCCGAGCACUAAGCGGCAGGCAGCAGGCGACAGCCUUCUGACCUGAGAGAGGCCAGCGCUGGGACUUGUGGGAGGUAAAGUCUUGUCUCACUAUGUUGCCUUUCUCCCAAGGGAAGCUGGUGCGGAAUGGCGAGGAUAAGAAUGCAGUGAUCUGCAUUGAGGGGAACAUUGCCAGUGGGAAGACGACAUGUCUGGAAUAUUUCAGCAAUACAAGCAAUAUAGAGGUCCUGACAGAACCAGUCUGUAAAUGGAGGAAUCUCCGUGGACACAACCCUCUGGGUCUGAUGUACCAGGACCCUGAGCGCUGGGGCCUCACCCUGCAGACAUAUGUUCAGCUCACCAUGCUGGACAGACACCUGUCAACCAUAUCAGCCCCUAUCAGGAUGAUCGAGCGCUCCAUCUUCAGUGCCAAGUACAUCUUUGUGGAGAGUCUGUUCAAGAGCGGUAAAAUGCCAGAAGUGGACUUUGCUGUCCUCAGCGAGUGGUUUGAUUGGAUCACUGCUAACAUUUUCAUUCCUGUUGAUCUGAUUGUGUACCUGCAGACGUCUCCUCAGACCUGCCACAAGAGGUUAAAGCAGAGGAGCAGAGAGGAGGAGAAAGUCAUUCCACUGGAGUAUCUGGAGUCCAUCCACCAGCUGCACGAGGACUGGCUCAUCAGGAAAAGCUCCUUCCCUCUUCCUGCUCCUGUUCUGGUGAUUCCUGCUGACCAUGACCUCCAGGAGAUGCUACACCAGUUUGAAGAGAACCGUGACAAGAUCCUUGCAGCUAGCUCUCUCUGAUUCCAAAUUCACACUCUUCACUUUUUAAUAACUUGACAGCAAAUUUCUCUUCAAUGGACAACUUAAUUUCCAGUUACUCUUUAUUCAGUAUGUGUGCCUAGGGGCUAUCGCUUAUUUUUAGGAGCUAUUGUUACAAAGUUUACUCUCCAACAAUUCAUAUCAAAGUUAUUCUCAUCUAAAGGGUGUAAAUGCUUCAGAGGAUUUUAAAAUGUUACAAUAACAGAGCACUUAAACCUUACUUAACAGAACCUGAAAGCACUCAAUUGAACUGAUUCAUUCCUUGUGUGUGUGAAAAUUUAUGGUCAUAUAUAUUUAUUUAUUUAUUUAUUAGUAUGCUCUAUAUUUCGCCAAAUAGAAAUGCACUUAGACGUUGCUGUUUGCAGAUAUUAUGUGUAAUGAUUGGAUUGUUUACCUCUACACAAGCACCAUCCCACCUCCACAGAUAUGACAUGUGAGUCAUCUGUAUAAAUAUUGAAUUCAUUGCUGGGACAGGCUUUCAAAUGUUUUUCUAUAACUCCUUUUAACAGAGGGACCUUUGCUCACUUUUACAGAUUGUAUUAAGUAUGUUAUGUAUCUGCUCUUCUGUUGUCAAUGUUCAUUGAAGGAUUUGUAAGGAAUAAAGAUGUUUACACAU